UGUGGAUUGUGGAUAUAAUCAUUGUGGAUUGCUAGUCGGAUGGAGUCUCAUGGGAAUCCACUACUCCGUAGUUAACAUCUCUACUCAGCACUAACACUGACUCUGUAAAUAGAAAAAAAUGUCACCUAACUGUCACCUCCCAUCGUCUAUUCUGCUGCCUAUACAAGGCGACUCUCUCAGAUUACUCUGGAUAGUUGCAACCGCCAGAAACAGUAACGAUCACCCAAAAAUUGGGAGCUGACUCAGCAAGCUCAGCAAACCUCCUUGUUUCAGCGAAGAAGGAAGAUGAGGGACUGGAGGCGAUUUAACUGCUGCGUUUCGCUGAACUGGAAUUGAUUUCGGAAUGUCAGACUAAAAUGCAGAUAUGGCUGACAAGCUGUUGGCAGGACGUCGAUCUCACCGCAAGUCGCGACAUGGCUGUCAGCAGUGCAAAGCCCGCAAGGUGAAGUGCGAUGAAGGGAAGCCAGCCUGUAAGAACUGCAAACGCCAUGGGAUAGAUUGCUCCUUCGCUCUUCAACGCAGCGAUACGGGUUCAUCUCAAUUGCAAAAUUCAGCCAACUCCGACACUACCAAUUCACCGACAUCCCUUGGCACUCAUCCAGUAGAGGCCGUAUCAGAACUGGCUAUAGGCGAUCUGGAGUUACUGCAUCACUUCUCAAUUUCGACCGCCUAUACGUUCUCUAGGCACCCAGCUCUACAGACCCUCUGGCGGGUUCAGAUCCCCCAGAUUGCGUUUUCUGCACCCUAUGCCCUACGGGCCAUUUUAGCCAUUUCCGCUCUGCAUCUUGCCUAUUUGAGGCCCGAGAAGAAGCAAUACUAUCUCGCACAAGCCGAGUAUCACCAUGAGGCCGCAUUGAAAGUCGUGAGCCCGGAUAUGGCCAGUCUCAUGCAUGAGAAUAGCGAUGCCGUCUUCCUUUUCUCUGUUCUUACCUGUUUCAUUUCAUGUGCAAAGCCACGGAAAUUAGAUGACUUCCUCUUCUUUGAACAUGGGCGAGUGUCUGACUGGCUGAUUUGCUUUCGAGGUACAAGGACUAUCAUUGAAUAUGCAAACGACUCGUUAAACAACGGGCCCUUCACCACAAUAUUCACUAUUCGAGGCCGCAAGUUUGAAACCCGAAUGCAUCAGCAGGGAGCAGGACAGGGACAGGGACAGGGGCAGGGGCAGGGACAGGGACACGAGUAUCUUGAGAAUUUGGAAACGCUCGUCCAAGAACAGAUCAGAGAGCCAGAUGAUGUGCGCAUAUACCUGGACGCAAUUGAAGAAAUGAGACAAGCCUUUCCAGCGGGCACUCAUCAGUUUUCAGAACUCUGGGAAACUGACGAAGUUUUCACCUGGCUUUUACGCAUUUCCGACGGAUUCCUGCUCCGCGUUCGAGAACAGGAACCUGUUGCCCUGAUCAUCCUUGGAUAUUUCUGUACUUUUUUACGUCAUUUGGAAUGGAUGUGGUGGAUGGAUGGAUGGAGUAUCCAUUUGCUAUCUCGCAUCCACGGGCUCCUGAAUGAUGAGCAUCGCAUGUGGCUGCAAUGGCCAAUGGAGCAGCUUGGCUGGGUGCCAUGAUUUCAACUGAAUGAUUAUGUGAAAACCAAUACAGAGUACGUACUGAUAUUAGUUACUUCCCAAAUGAAUCUGUUUAUGUUUACGC